AUGGAUGCAAGAAUCCGCCCGAAAGGAGCCAAUGCACUCUCCGUUCUUUCUGCCCGCCCUCUCGAGCGCUCUCCGUUGACAGCAUUUGAAGGCUCACACUUGAAGCGACAUACUGACCCAGAUCUCGCCCGGCUACAAUCGCCUCUUCAGAAUCCGCAGCCAGAGCUUUCAAGACUCGCUUCUCCAGCACAGCGCCUUGAUGCACUUGAUCCGAGAGUCAGCUUCGCAGUCUCCCAGCCUGCUGUGGAUCCCGACAUCCUUGGCCACAGCAUGGGGCGAGGGAGCCAGACAAGAGCAGAUCCUGUUCAGUCCCAGGAAAAUCCGCAAACUGCAGAACGACAGUGGUGCUGGGAAAAACAGGGUGACGUUUAUCGCGACGAUAAACAAAGAUUGGUACAGAAAGUCCGGGUCAGGCCCCAUGUGAAGACCCAACCAACUGCUACGAAAAACCCGCAAGUUCCUAAACACCGACCUAACAACAGUUACUUGUAUCAACUGUUGCGGACCGAGAUAUGGGACGAUCUAAUAGAUGACUGUAACUCCAUCCUGAUAAGAAGAGAAGCGGUGAAAUUGGAGACAAACGCCGACAAGCAAAAUGCUUCUGCUUCGCAGACCGCUGAUCAUGCUUUAGUCGAUCGAGUGACGGAGUCCACCAAAGUACUUUCACUGGAUCACCAUGACAAGGAAACGCCGACGCUGAAGCCACCGUCGCCGUCAUCUUCCACUAAACUCGCCCUUCUCACCUAUACGAUUUCAGGAGAUCGGUCGGGCGAUUCAGCGUCUGUCAUCCGACAGCUUCUUUCCGCGUUGCGAACUCAGCGAGUCGAGAACUUUGCUCCUGUCGUGUACAGAGGUAGUUUGUGGGAUUAUGGAAUCAUUUUAAGUAAUGUAAAUACUCGGAGUGAGGUGGGCAUAUAUACUUGGAGUGAGGUGGGCAAUGAACUGAUAGAGGUCAAGGAAGUGUUUCCUCCAGUCCGAGGAGGAAUAAGUGUGGUGAUCAAAUACGAACAGCCUGUUCUUGAUGGAAUGACAACGUUUGCGAAGUAUUUGGUGUGUGAAAAAGCCCUCGAUCAACUGGGAUAUUCAUACCACAAGGGUGCUGAUGGAAUUAUCAAGGUACCUGAAUGUCUCUCGAGCAGCUAUAUUGAAGAAAUAGUGGCUCUGUCCACGAUCUACUCGUGCAUCACGGAGCCCAACGAACCAGUAGAGAUGGUGGUGAAAGCACACUACGAGGUUGCAAACUACAAAGUGAUCUCCUGCUCUAGGGCAUGGACAGAGAUUGCCUCCAAAGAUGUGCACCCCAAAGCUUUGUUAGAUAUGGGUAUUUCAUUUCGAAAUCAGGGUUCUACCAUUACAGUUACCGGGGAGCCUCUCUCCUCUUCAAAGCUGACAGAGCUAACUGGACGAACGCUUGCAAUUCGAGAAGCUGAGCGGGCAUCCCAAUUGUCCGUAUCCAGGCUAUCCCGUGAUAGAAACACCACACUAUAA